AUGCCUCGUCCCCGAAGGCCUGGUGCGCCAGAGCCGAAGAGAAGAAGCCGAAAAGGGUGUUGGCCAUGCAAGGCACGCAAAGUCAAGUGUGGAGAGGAAAAGCCCUUAUGUCUCAACUGUCAACGACAAGGAGAGGCAUGUGAUUAUAGCGUCCGACUCAACUGGGGUGGCCGGAGCAAAAAAGCCUCCGUCGACUCCCCUAGUUCUCAGUCAAGCGGGUACGCUGGAACAAUCAUCUCAUUUCCAGAUAUAGCCCCAACAAGCGCCGUGAACUCCAAUUCGAUGCCCAGGUCAGCGAACGGGAAUUCCGUGGAUGGCUUUGUCAACUUUCAUUCCAGUGAUCUAGGUUCACCUGGGGCCAUAUCGCCGCCAUCAAUUGGAAUAUUUGAGUCGCCCAAGCUGCCUGCAGGGCCGGAUUGUGGUCAUUCGCCUGGUCAGACCGAUGUUCAAUUUGCGUCAACCUGGCCCGAACAAUCUCCUUUAACUCCUCCAGUUUCGUCCGGUGCUUUGGCACAUUAUCCUUUUGGUCCGGGCUUCCAUGAAACUUUCUCAGCAGCUGCCGAUCAAGGUGUAGGACUCCGUUCGCUCUCUGCAUUUGCAUUUCCGUCAAAUUCCGUAUCACAGCCCGUAUCAUUUCUUCGAAGUUCAGUGGAUGCCGCUGGAGAUGCAUCCGAUCAGAACAAAAGCCCACAUGGCUCUAUUUCCCAAGAUGAGCAUAGUAUUGGAUACUCAAUUGGCGAGAUGGUACAUCAUCAUCAGCACUCUCCUAGAAUGUCGAAUGGAAUGAGUAUAUCAGCCUUGAUGCUCAACUCGCAUGAGCCAAUGGCUCGAAGCAAUGCCCCUUCAUCUCCAGGCGAUAGAAUGACCCCGUUUAACCACCAAGUGGAUACGGGGGCGAAUGAUUGCAAUGAUAAUGAUCAAGCCGCACGUGAAUCUUUCGCAGCGCAAAGCAGAUGGCAGGCUUAUCUCACCAGUGUAACCGACAACUAUGGAUUGGAUUCCGGAAGACCGGAUCGGGAUGUAGCUUUGAACAACGAUCAUGCUGCAAUUGAUGUCCAUCCUUCCUUGGAAGUUAUCAGCACACGGAGCUUAUCUGAGGAGGCUUCGCCCAGAAGCUACCCGACACCAUCAGGGCUCCAAACCGCCGACUUCACAGGGUACUAUGCCGCUCCAGUGCCGAUCAACAUUCCACGAUAUCUUUCUCCGCUGCCGUCAUCAUUGUUGGGAAAUCCGAUCAAUUUGAUGUAUUUUCAUCAUUUCCUAAAUCAUACAUCUCGGAUGUUGGUUCCACACGAUUGUGACAAUAACCCGUUCACAUCAGUCCUACCGUCAAUGGCGAUUGGUGAUCCCAAUUUGCUCAAUUUGUUACUAGCGUAUUCAGCCAGUCACCGUGCGCGGUAUUUAGGGCACCCUGAGCCAGCCAAUCGAAUUGCGCACUGGGUCAGCGACGUCUUCCCUACCCUGCGUGUGGCAUUGGAAGCAUCGCAUGAGGAGAUUACCGAUAGCCACUUAGCGACUGCAAUCCUGCUCUUAUCCUUGAAGAUCGUGUCCCCGGGGACUUUUGAAGUUCCCAUAACCUGGCAAAGCCAUCUUAAACUCGCCCGUGAAUUGUUCAUUGCUCGGAGUGAGCGCCUUGCUCAGCCUGGCAAUCGAAUUGGCGCGUUCUUUGCACGUUGGCUGGGGUAUAUCGACACCGUUGGUGCAUUGUCUUGUCGUCAAGCCGGUCAGCCUUUGAUGCUUUAUCAAUCUGUUCUUGGUGCCUGCUCGAAUCCAGAAAACUAUGAUGAGUUUAGCGUGGACUGCUUCACGGGAUUCACUCCCCGUACCGGCCUAUUCCUCAUUCGCCUUGCAAAACUGGUGCAAGAAUGCGAUAAUCAACGAUUCGACGAGCUAGGCAACUUCCACCGAGAAUGGCAUCCGUCUGCAGACAUGGUUCUUCAAGCCCAAGCUGUCUUGGGCGAUCUAGACCUCCUAACCGAUCGUGCCCAUGCUGACCCAGAACACCACCAGGGCCUCGAAGCACAAGAUAUGAUGGCAGCAGAAGAGGCCUUCCGAUGUGCUGGCCUCAUUCAUCUCCACCGCCGUGUGCUAGGCUCAUCAACCGAUUCGUUCCCGGUAAAGGAAGCUCUCCGACAGCUAGUUGACGCACUCGGCCGGAUGAGACUCGGUGCCUCAACCGAGGUUUGUUCAUUGCUUCCAUUGUUCACGGCUGGUUGCGAAUCUCGAGACCCUUCUCAACAGGCCAGAAUUCUAAAUCGCUUCUUGGUGUUAGAGAAAUCUGGAUUGAAACAGAUUCAAGACGCCCGUCAAUUAAUGCAACGGUGCUGGGAAGAAAAUCUUCCCUGGGUUGCGUUGGCUGGUGGGGAGUUUUUCGGAUAG